GUCGGGUCGCUUGAACGUGCCAAAAACAUCUCGUUCCGGGAUUCAUCGCUAGAAGUGCCAAAGAAGUCCUGCCCAGAGAAAUUAGUUUGAAUAAAGAAUGUCACAACCAAUGUUGAACUUGAUAAAGAAGAAACUUAGCAAAAUGAAAAUGGACGAUAUGAACUUCAAGAAGAUUGCCAUCAUUUGUGCCUGUAUAUUGGUUGGUGGAAUGCUGUUUAGCCUCUGGAUGUUUCCGGCACUGCUCAGAUCCAUGAUCAGAAAGAAUCUAAUGCUGAAACCGGGGUCACCAACGCGUGCUAUGUUUGAGAAAAUUCCAUUUCCCCUCGAUUUCAAGUUGUACCUGUUCCACGUGACCAACCCGGAUGCAGUGAUGAAGGGCGGCAAACCUCACGUGCGCGAGAUGGGCCCGUACGUUUUCGAAGAGUGGAAAGAGAAAUAUGACACCGAAGACAACGAAGAGGAAGACACGAUGACUUUCACGCUGAAAAAUACCUGGAUUUUCCGGCCGGAUCUCACCGCGCCCCUGACGGGCGACGAAAUGAUCACCAUUCCGCAUCCGUUGGUUCUGGGAGCAUUGUUGAUGGUUCAACGCGAUCGGGAACCCAUGAUGCCGUUGGUCACCAAGGCGUUGGAGAUCAUUAUGGAUCCAUUGACUUCGGGCUUUCUGACGACUCGUGUCAUGGAUCUGCUGUUUGAUGGAAUUCUGAUCGAUUGCAGCAGCGAAGAAUUUGCUGCGCAAGCACUCUGCUCGGGACUGGAGUCGGAGGGAGCCGUGAUGCCUCACAAUGAGACCCACUUUAAAUUUUCGAUGUUUGGAUUGAGAAAUGGAACUGCUGUCGGCCGAUUUAUGGUGUAUCGAGGGGUUAAGAAUAUAAUGGACAUAGGGCGAGUAAUCACCUUCAACGAUGAAACUGAAAUGGACAUCUACGAUGGCGACGAGUGCAACAAGUACGUCGGAACCGAUUCGACUAUCUUUCCGCCAUUUUUGACAAAGAAGGAUCAGUUGUGGGCUUGGUCCCCGGAUAUAUGCCGUUCAUUAGGGGCGUUUUACGCCGGUAAAUCCAAAUAUGCCGGUCUGCCGAUGAGCUUUUUCAAGAUGGAUUUUGGCGAUGCAAAGAACGAUCCGGAACAUCACUGCUUCUGUCGUAAUCCACCCGAUGGCUGCCCACCGAAAGGAACGAUUGAUUUGAGUGCCUGCGUAGGGGCACCGUUCAUCGGCUCAAAGCCACAUUUCUACGAUGCUGAUCCAAAAUUGGUGGCGGCGGUUGAUGGACUAAAUCCCAACGAAGAGAAUCACGAUAUAUACAUUCAUUUCCACUUGCUUUCGGGCACUCCGGUUUCGGCUGCUAAACGCUUGCAGUUCAGCAUGGAAAUGGAACCUAUUCGGGGGCAUUCAUUACUGGGAAACUUACCGAAAGUUAUUAUGCCGAUGUUUUGGGCCGAAGAAGGCGCCUCGCUGAAUAAGACAUGGACUAAUCAGCUCAAGUACACGUUGUUUCUUGUCCUCAAUAUAAACAGCACCAUAAAAUGGUUAUCCAUUGUCAUCGGAACUAUCGGAACCGUCGGUGCCGGGUUCAUGUACUACCAACAAAGUACCAAAUCGGUGAACGUAACCCCUGUUGAAGGUUCGAAUGGCGUAGACGGUGAUAGCAGCGCUAAACGGAAGAAUGGAAGUGGUUUGGUCUCGGUAGCUCAUCAGGGUGACGGCGCCAAAAGUGGCUCCGUCACGAAACCGGUAAUUCCGACCGCCAGGGAUUUGAUCGGUCAGAACAAUGCAAGGAACAUGGCGGCCGUUAUCGAGGUGAUAGACAAACAGCAGAAAUUGACGCCGGAGAAGGAACAGGACCGAUACUAGAAUAACAUGAUGUCUAGGAAUUAGUUUUAUUAAUGCGAAUAUCGCUAUAAAUGUUACAUUGAUCUAGCAAAACUGUGUCAAAGAAUUACGUAAUUGUGUCUUAUAACCAAAUGUAAAACUGAAAAAAAAAAUAGUGUCAUAAAUGUUCUCGAAAUACUUGCAACAUGUACCAUGUGCGUAAAAUAUAAUAUUGAAUCGUCAAAACAUAUUACUUAAGUUUCAGUAAGAAAUUGAAAAUAAUAAAGAAAAAAUAAUUUAAAUAUGAAAAUCUCAGAUAGUAGGGUAUUGUUCCAUUAUUAAUUUUAACAUGUUCCUAUAUCAUUAACAUUCGCAAAACAGACAAUUGUGUCUCAAUUUGUGUCGUUUUUUGUUACUAACUGGCGUGCUCUCUGCUGAAAAAAAUCAUUUAUUCCUUUUGAUUCUUCGUCUACAUAUAUAGCUAUUAAUGUGGAUGAAGAAUCAGAAGGAAUAAAUUUUGGCUGUUACGCCCUUUUCAAAUGUUGGUCUAGAAAUAUGAGAAACAAAAUAAUUUGCGCUCCAAUUAUCUGCUUUCGAAUGUUAUUGAUUUGGGUACAUGGUUCAAGUAGCAGUUCCCCUAGAAUACAUUUGAAAAAAAAAGACUUCAUGAAAUGAAAAAUGAAAAAAAAAUGAAAAAAAUUUUCAAACAAAAAUGCUUCAAACUUAAAUUUGCAUUGGUUAGAUUGUUUUUGAUUUAGUAAGGCAGGAGUUAAUAAGAACUUUCUCUACAUUUUCUUCAGAAUAUUUUCAAUUUUUUUCUCGCCGCGAAUGGGAUUGUUCAUAAUUGACAAACAACUAUUAAGUUUCUGAUCAGAUCUAUAGUGCCAAGGAUCAAUCGAUAUUACAAGGAAUCAACGAAUGUUACACAUCAGUGUAUAAAAAUAUAGACGCCAUUAAUCUGCUAAGAAAUAAGUCGUAGUUUUGAUAGCAAAAAAUGUCUUCUUCUGUCAACCAUCAAAUGUUAUAGUUCCAGUACAAAUAAAAAAAUAUUUGUUUGUGCUUAAAUUAUUUGCACUCUACUUAGAUUCAUUUAUCAAUAAAGA